GGCAGAGGCUGCCUGAGGCGACGGUCGCCGGGGUCGGUCGGUGGGAAGCGGGCGAUGCGGCGAUCCGGGUCGGCUCGGGCGUCGUCGUCGUCGUCGUCGUUGGGGGCCCCGCUGCUGGCCGCCCUGCUGGGGCUUCUGACGCUGGGGCCCCUCGGCCUCGGCCCGCGUCCGGCGGGCGCCCAGUCGGUGUGGACGGCUUGGCUGAACGUGUCGUGGCGGCUGCCGGGCAGCAACGUGUCGGCGUGGAACGCGGACGAAGGCGGCCUCUUCGGGCAGGACUCGCCGGUGCGGCCGGCCGCCGGGCUGGUGGUGGCCCCGGACGCCCGCGAGGGGCUGAACGCCUGCAGCCCGCGGAGCAACUUCUCCGGGGCGCCCGCGCACCAGCCCUGGGUGGCCCUGGUGCAGCGCGGCGGGGGCUGCAUGUUCAGCGUCAAGAUCAACGCCGCCGCCCGGCUCCGAGCCCAGGCCGUGGCCGUCUUCAACUACGACGGCGCCGCCGGGCCCGAGGUGCAGACCAUGACCCACCCGGGUACGGGAAACAUCGUGGCCAUCAUGAUUAGCUACGCCAAAGGCAGAGAAAUCCUCCAGAAGAUUGAAAAGGGCUACCAGGUGACCAUGGCUAUCGAAGUGGGGAAAAAACACGGCUCGUGGAUGAAUAAUUACUCCAUUUUCUUCGUCUCGGUCUCCUUCUUCAUUGUCACCGCCGCCACGGUGGGGUACUUCAUAUUUUAUUCCACUAGAAGGCUCCGGGUUGCCAGGGCCCAGAACAGGAGACAGAGACGGCUGAAAGAGGACGCCAGGAAAGCAAUUGGGCAGCUACAACUGCGUACAUUAAAACAGGGAGACAAGGAAACGGGCCCUGAUGCAGACAGCUGCGCUGUGUGCAUUGAAGCGUACAAACCAAAUGAUGUCGUCCGAAUUUUAACCUGCAACCACCUGUUUCACAAGAGCUGUAUUGAUCCCUGGCUGCUGGAGCAUAGGACCUGCCCCAUGUGUAAAUGUGACAUACUGAAGGCUUUGGGAAUUGAGGUGGACAUAGAAGAGCGAGGAGAAGCGACGCAAGCCCCCACGGCGUCCAGUGAAGCUUCUAACGUCCCUUCGGUUAACGAAGAAGAUAACCACAGCGAGACCGCCUCAUCUGGCUACGCUUCCGUGCAGGGAGCUGAGGAACCGGCUCCGGAGGAGCGUGUUACUCCAGAGAGUGACCACCUCCAUCUUGUCAACGCUUCGCAGAUGCCCGAAGUGGACACGCUUCCCCAUCUUGACAAUCCGGGCUUCGAAGGGGACGAAACCCAAGAGCAGCCGGUGAAAUCCUAGGUGCUGUUUGGCGCAAGACUGCAGAUCUCUCAAGACAAACCAGCAUCCCAGACCGACGUAGCAGCAACGUCCCCCUUCGAUCACCCUCCCGUGCCCCCCACCCCCCGAGAUAAAAUACACAAUUUUAAGAUUGCAAGUGUCUGGAGUGGCCUUGCUCAUUCACUUUCUUUCCUGAAUUAGUCUUCCUUUUAGUAUUACUGAUUCUUCUGCUUCUGGCUCCAUCCAGGAAAAACCAUCAAACAUCCUGCGAACAAGACAUCCGAGCAUUCUCACUUUUUCCUACAGUAGAACUUCAGCCAUUCAUCCUACAGAAGCAUUAACCCAUCAGGAAAAAUACACACAUACACACCAAUCUUCAAAUUAAGUUUAAAUUAAUCGAGUUAGCUUUGUUAAAAAUUCUUUUAAAGCUUUCGGGUGUCGAAACCACCGGGGCCAAGCCUGCAUGCUGCUUUUCAGCCCCGGUUUUGAAUCCACUUGGCUUUUAAUGUAAUUUAUUGAGAGGUUUCCCUUUUCUUGGUCUGUUGCAAAUUCCCUCUUGCCGCGUCGUUAAAAUUGCCAAGCAAUUCAGCUUUCAAUCUGGACCGGUAAAAAGACACUGGGGAUAUAUUUCUUUCCCACCUUCUUCGCUGAUUUAUAGAGCAAAUUUUAACACUCUGGGCAUUGUAAAAAUGUUCCAGGGAACAGAAUGCAACUUAUUUUGUAUUGGGGUGGUGAUGGCGGAAAGCUGCAUAAAAUUUGCCCUGUGAUUUUUGUUUGUUGUUGUUGUUGCAAUCUUAACAAGCUGUCACACAGGCCCAAUGAAUGGUCCAAUUUUUAGUUAGUGCUGCUCUUAACUUUGUCAAGAGGCUUAACUAGGCCUUGCUCGAAGGGAUUAUUUUGUUGUUGUUGCUGCUACUCCAAAGAAAACAGCUAAGUAAAGAUACCCAAAGAGUACUGUAAAUAUUCAGAAUAGGCAGCGCGUGGACAUGGCUAAACUGGAAAUCGAUGAAUGGGUGAACUUUUAAAAUUAUUUUUUCUAACGUGUAAGAAGGGAAUAAGGGGAACACAAGGGUGCCUUUGCCUAGGGCUCAAAAACCUCACCCACCAAAGUGAAUUACUAUAUAUUUAAUAAUGCACUUUAUCUCACGUUCUGUGUUUCCGUUCUCUGAUUGCAAGUCUAGACCAAGUGGACUUGAGGAGCAGCGAUAAUCGGUUUCGAAACUUUUUUUUCCCACCUUGAUUCCAAUAGGAAAAAUCAGUACGCCUUUUUCUCCCCUUUUUUGCAUAGUGUUCAAUGAAGUUGUAAAUACUUGAUUUCUACUGAAUUACUUUGAAUACAAAAUGUAAAUAAAGCUCUACUACUGCCUGUU